UGGCCAGAACGCGUUUGUGACUCGAGCGAAGCGCACGUGCCGGAAAAACGACGAUUCAAGUCCGUAGAGCCAAGAGGACAAAGGCGAAAGCUGGGGAAAAACUGCCCCUACAUUUUCCAGCAACAACAACAACAUCCAGUGUGUGUGUGAGUGCGUGCGAGAAGAAAUCUUGUGUAACCCAGAGCGAAAGAGAGAAAGAGAGAGAGGGAGAGCAGGAAAAUUCACCACAGCCCCAUGGACUUGGAUUUUCCGCUCGUGUGAAAAUAUUCGCACGCUCACUACGUUUCGGUUCGCCCGCAAAGGCAGUUGCUGCUCCAAUUCCCAAUCUCGUGCGUGCAGUGCAGUGUAGUCCAAUAAGACCAAUCAGAAUAAGUCAUCGGUCAAAAAAAUGGCAUUUAAGGCCCAAUAAAAACACGCCGAGAACAAAAACUGAAACUGAAAAUCAAUAAACACAAAGCCAGCAGAAGUACGUAACAGGCGGCAGCAGCAGCAACAACAACAACAACACCACCCAAAUGUUGCAACAACAAGUGAGCAAGUUAAAGAACCUUUGCGAUUUGUAAACGCUGCGGAAUACCCGUCGAGAAAGGCAGAACAAAAAAAAAGAACAUUUCAAGCAAGGCGGCAAAGGGCAGCAGCAGCAACAACAAUGUCGACGGAGGGCAGCGACAACAACGGGGAUCCCCAGCAGCAGGGGGCGGAGGGGGAGGCGAUGGGCGAGAACAAGAUGAAGUCCCGCCUCCGCAAAGGAGCCCUGAAGAAGAAGAACGUCUUCAAUGUCAAGGAUCACUGCUUCAUCGCCCGGUUCUUCAAGCAGCCCACGUUCUGCUCCCACUGCAAGGACUUUAUCUGGGGCUUCGGGAAGCAAGGAUUUCAGUGCCAAGUUUGCUCCUACGUGGUGCACAAGCGGUGCCACGAGUAUGUCACCUUCAUCUGCCCGGGCAAGGAUAAGGGCAUCGAUUCGGACUCACCAAAAACUCAACACAAUUUCGAGCCAUUCACAUACGCAGGACCCACGUUCUGCGAUCAUUGUGGUUCCCUGCUGUAUGGCAUUUACCACCAGGGUCUCAAAUGCUCAGCAUGUGACAUGAACGUACAUGCACGCUGCAAGGAGAAUGUGCCCAGUUUGUGCGGAUGCGAUCACACGGAGCGACGGGGUCGGAUUUAUCUGGAGAUCAACGUCAAGGAGAAUCUGCUAACUGUCCAGAUCAAGGAGGGUCGCAAUCUCAUACCCAUGGACCCAAACGGACUCAGCGAUCCUUAUGUGAAGGUAAAGCUAAUUCCGGACGACAAGGAUCAGUCCAAGAAGAAGACUCGCACCAUCAAAGCUUGCCUGAAUCCGGUCUGGAAUGAGACACUCAGCUACGAUCUGAAACCUGAGGACAAAGAUCGACGCAUCCUGAUCGAGGUGUGGGACUGGGAUCGCACCUCACGCAAUGACUUUAUGGGUGCUCUGUCCUUUGGCAUUUCGGAGAUCAUCAAGAACCCCACCAAUGGAUGGUUUAAGCUGCUCACCCAGGACGAGGGCGAAUACUACAAUGUGCCAUGUGCGGAUGACGAACAGGAUCUACUCAAACUCAAGCAGAAGCCGUCGCAGAAAAAACCGAUGGUGAUGCGCAGCGACACGAACACGCAUACGUCAUCCAAAAAGGACAUGAUCCGGGCCACGGACUUUAAUUUUAUCAAAGUUCUGGGCAAAGGAUCGUUUGGCAAGGUCUUGUUAGCCGAACGCAAGGGCAGCGAGGAGUUGUAUGCCAUUAAGAUACUCAAGAAGGAUGUGAUCAUCCAGGACGACGACGUCGAGUGCACCAUGAUCGAGAAACGUGUCCUGGCGCUGGGUGAAAAGCCGCCCUUCCUGGUCCAAUUGCACUCCUGCUUUCAGACAAUGGACCGUUUAUUCUUUGUGAUGGAGUAUGUGAACGGAGGCGAUUUGAUGUUCCAAAUCCAACAGUUUGGCAAGUUCAAGGAGCCGGUGGCUGUAUUCUAUGCCGCUGAAAUAGCUGCCGGACUUUUCUUCCUACACACCAAGGGCAUACUGUAUCGGGACCUAAAGCUGGAUAAUGUUCUCUUGGAUGCCGAUGGGCAUGUCAAGAUUGCGGACUUUGGCAUGUGCAAGGAGAACAUAAUGGGUGACAAGACCACAAAGACUUUUUGCGGUACCCCUGAUUACAUAGCUCCCGAGAUCAUUCUUUAUCAACCCUAUGGCAAAUCGGUGGACUGGUGGGCCUAUGGAGUCCUGCUCUACGAAAUGUUAGUGGGUCAGCCACCCUUUGAUGGCGAGGAUGAGGAGGAGCUGUUUGCCGCCAUAACCGAUCACAAUGUUUCCUAUCCGAAGAGCCUGAGCAAGGAGGCCAAAGAGGCCUGCAAGGGCUUCCUAACCAAGCAGCCAAAUAAGCGUUUGGGCUGUGGUGCCUCUGGCGAGGAGGAUGUGCGUCUGCAUCCCUUCUUUAGACGCAUUGAUUGGGAGAAAAUAGAAAAUCGCGAGGUGCAGCCACCAUUCAAGCCGAAGAUUAAACACCGCAAGGAUGUGUCCAACUUUGACAAGCAGUUCACAUCAGAGAAAACAGACUUGACACCCACGGACAAGGUGUUCAUGAUGAACCUGGAUCAGUCGGAAUUCGUUGGCUUCUCCUACAUGAAUCCCGAAUAUAUUUUGAGCCCAUAGAUCCGAUCUGAUCAUAUCUAAUUUCCAAGCUGCGAGUUGUGUCCCUUAAGUCUAUUUUGAUAUUGAUUACUGAAAAGACAUUUUGUUAAUCUUUGUUAAGUUUAUCAUUUUCUGUUUUCGACAAUUAUGUGUAUCUAUAUUUAUUGAAUUGUUAAGUUUUGAGUUAUUUAUAAGUGCUAGCAACUGUGAAACAGAGCUUAAGGUGUGGAAUAUUCGAAUACUGUUCAAGAGCACGUCCUCACUGGAAGCCAAAAAAGAAAGCAAUAAAAAUCAAAUCAUUUCAAAUUCCUGAUAGCCUAUCACUCUGCGUAGAACUUUGAUCAAUUCUGUCCGAUUUCCAAUAAAUAUUUCCAAAAACAUGUAUUUCAGCAAGCUUUAGACAUUUGCAUUUUCCAUUUGGAAAUUAACUUUUUAGCCAACAUCUGAGUGUAUUUGUAGCCAAUUAAUCGAUUUAAAUAGUUAAAACAAUACUUUCCUCGGUAGAGCAGGGAUGUGAGGAACUUAGAAGUUUUGGGCCAGGUUCAAACGUCAUUCGAUUGUAGUGCUAGCCCCGGCAUUAUAAUCAAAUCGAAAACGCGUUUAGGUGAGUUCGCCAAAGAGGGAGAAAAAAUCUAGGAGAACACUCAAGUUCCCACAAUAUUCAAUACUUAAGCAGAAAUAUCAUAGAACAAGAGUUUUUUAAAUUUCAUUAAUAUAUAUAUAUAUAUCAGUGUGCGUGUAAAUUAAUUUUACGUUUUAUUUAAAAACCAUUGCAAACAAACGUAUAUAUAGCACGUCUAUAUAUAUGGCUGGCAUAGAGUCUCAAUGUACCAUAAUUAACAAAUUGCAUAGCAAUAAGUUAAGCUUAGACGAUACUAAACACUAAAGCUGUAAAACUAAUACUGUAAAACUGUAAAACUGUGAAACUAAAACCUUUUGCUCCUAACCAAAGGAAUAACUAUGUUAGAUUGUUCUUCAGUUGGAAACUUUAGUACCUUCACAGGAAUCUAGCUGCUAACAACUAACCAUGUUUAACCAUGGGAAAGACAAUCUACUAUAAGCGUGUAAAACUAUAGUCGUCGUAUAUAGCCUAGACCGAUUUCCAAAUUAGCGCCAGCCGAGCUAAGCUUUUGUGCCUCUCGUAGCUAUCUUUCUCUCAUAGAAGAAACCCCAAAACAAUUAAUGCCAAAGGAGGCUAUUCGUAUUAAUAGGGAAAUUACAUAGUUAUAUGCGUCUGUCGAAAGGGGAAUUUGUAGCCAAGCUAAUUGCGUGGGGCACAGCAGAGUAAUUACCAUAGUAAUUUAACAUGAAUUGGUAAAGCUUAAAAGUAGUUUGAACUAGUAAAUUCGAUUUAAACUAGUAAAUUCGAUACAUACUAAAAUUAAAUACUUAUAAACUUAAAUAUAUAUAUAACAAAUUGUGUAACUCCGAACUUGAAGCAUUUAAAACGUUUAAUUUAACUUCCCAAUUUGAAAUCAAAACGUAAUCUAAGCCAAACAAGUAGAUCAAAUAACUCGAUCCCGAUGGAUGAUGAGUAUGAGUACGAUUCACAACCAUGAUGAGUAGCACUUAACGUUCAACCCGAGGGAAAAAUAAAUUUGCUCGUAUUUUUUAAAAUUAACGUAAUGCAUAAUUAAACAUAUAUGUAUCUAUAGAUGUAUAUGUGUCUCUGAAUUACUUUAAUGACUUUUAUUGCAAAUAAAUGGAGGAAGCGGUAAAACUUUUCAAGUCUGUUCAAAAUAUUGAAAAUAUUACAAUUUGAUGAAAAUUAAUUUUUAUUAUCGAACUAUAUACAUAUUGAAAAUGCAUAUUGGUAGGACUUUAACUUUAACUGCAUACAGUUUUAUUUAGAGUCGACAUUUUUACAAAACAUAUUUAUGUAAUUUUAAUGAUUUUCAAGGUCAUUUUUUAAACCAAAGUCUCAUACGUAUGUACUUUAAUUGCAUAUUAAAUUAGUACAAAACAAAUAGAUACAUUAAUAUAUUUAUAUCUAUGAAAUAUCGAUGUGAAUUACUUAACAGAUAUAAUACCAUACGAUAUCAGGCGAGAGAAAGCUAAAACUUCCAAACAAAACUCUCGACAGAAACCCAAAUUAAACUAAAGAAAACUAUUUUUACGUCUAAAUAAUUCACCCACACCCUUUGAAGAGUCGAAGCUAUACUAUAUGCCUGUGCAUAUAUGCAUUAGCACAAUACAUUUACGAGUACACACACAACACACAGUCCCAGAACCCAACUGAAUGUAAUCUAUAAUUUAUUGAGCCAAGCCAAACAAAGAGACAAACUCAAAUAAAUCAAACAAACGGCUUUGGGCACAUCACACACACAAUACGAGUACCCAAAAGUAAAUAAAAAUACUACUAAAUAUA